AUUAAAGACUUGAAUGACAUGCAAAGAGUGCCAAAGACGUCUGAAAAGUGGCUCUAUCGCCCGUAUUCUAAGUCACAUAGUAAGGUAUAUGACACUAGCCCUCCAGCUAUUCAAAAACAGCAUUGACACUUAAUCAAGGGAAGCUCAGAUUGACCCUAACAAAAAAAGUCUAUAGGCCUGGCCUAUAGGCCAACAUAGAGGUUUCUAUAGGAAACCUAUAGGUUUUUAUAGGCAAUUGGAACAUUUUCUAUAGGUGACCUAUAGGGAUGCCUAUAAGUCUAUAGAGCUCUAUAGGUGCCUAAAGGCUUCUAUAGGGAAUUGGAACAAUUCCUAUAGGAACCUAUAGAUUUUUUUCGUAAGGGCGAACCUCCACUCUUUGAGUGUGAUUGUGAGUGAGCUUUUAGAAUACAGGCUAUAGUUUUGUGUUCACUCAUUUGCAUCCGUCAGAAACACAAAAUCGCCGACAAAAUUGCUAGUGCGAACCAUGCAGGCUUUAGUAGCAAAUUUUCUCACUCUAAUAACUGCGGGUUGACCAUCAUCUGUUGCAUAGUGUUUGAGAAAACCCACCUACAAAAUUUCAUAAGCCUUCGCCCGAAAUGUUGAGAAGUGUGUUUUUAUCUGCCUCAUCCUCAGUCGUCUCUUCAGUUUUAUAAAAAGAAAAUCUUUCAUUCGCGUGUGCCAUACCACCACUGAGCAUACCACUGAGUAUCACACGUAAUAAGAUCAUGUAAAGCAAAGACAAGCUUUUCUUUUUAUAAAACUGAAGACACGACUGAGGACGAGUCAGUGUUUUCAUCGCGUUUUACAAUGACUGGCUGAUAAUAUAUACACAAGAAUUAACUUGCUUUGUAAUAAAGUUAACAAACUUAACACUAAUCACCCCGGAUUAAAUAUCUUUUGUAACCUGAGUCAUGUUGACGAGUCUCUAUGGUUACUGCAUAUUUCUGUUGUACAGUUUAGCGUCCUUUAAUUAAACUGCUACACUUAUAUCAGUAAAAUACUUGCUCUGUUUAAUGCUAAAGAAUAUCGUUCAAGAAAGAUUAAAAAGAUUAGUUUAUCGUGGUUACUGUUUGCCAGACGUUGGUGGUUUAAUGAAGAAUUGAGGUAUUGGUGUUAUAUUCAAAUAUUACACGCCGUGUUGCGUCGUGGAAUAACGAUUUAUUGACCGUGGUAUAUAGCAAGCCAAAAGAGCAUCAUUUAAGCAAAGUUAGCCACACUUACCAGACUUAAUACAUUUCUUCGUUUUCAGAUUGAAUUCUGACAGGCAAACGUGUUGGUAUCUUGGUAUUUAGCAAGCUGAAACUGGCUGUGCUGAUAGGAACAUAUACAUAGGUAUAUGAAGCACUGUGGAAUACGGGCCGAAUACCACUUGGUAUAGCACUAGCUUUCAAUUUAAGACAACAUCUUACGACGUUUCACACUUCAUACCUUCGAGUUUAGUGGCGUCGUAUCGACGCACGUAAUUCUACGAACAGCUGAAAUGGCAUCAGAUCAACAACACAGUACCACAAACAAUCAUUCUGUACUGGAACUUAACUCGGUGCUUUUAGUAAUCUUAAUGCUGUUCACGCUAUUUGGUAACUUUAUUCUACUGCUGUCCAUAUGGAAAAACAAACGUCUUCACAAAGUUACACACUUGCACUCGAUGAGUCUGAUCAUCGCAAAUUUCAUCCCCGCAACGACCAUCAUUCCUUUGCGCAUCGCAAGAAUUUGGAAUGAAAAUGACAGAGAUUUAAACGAAGAGACGACAUUAUGCGAGGCUUACCUUACUGCCACUUUACUGUGGUGUGUGGUCUCUAUAUUAACUCUAGUGUCUGUCAGCUUAGACAGAUACAUCGCGAUCUCAAGACCGGACAAAUAUAGCAGUAUAUUGACCCACAAUCGAACUUUGCUCAUUCUGUUCGCAGUAUGGUGCUUGGCAAUAUUGGUAUCAUUUGUAUCGUUGUACCAUACUGGCAGUGGUCUCAAGUUGUUCACAUGUAACUUUAAUCUUUUACGCAAGGAGAAUUACGUGUAUCUUCUUCUAACUGUUGAAGUAAUUCCUCUCAUUUUGAUGUUUGGAAUACACUACCAAAUCACGAAGCUCUCAGCAAAGCAUGCACAGUCCAUAGGCGUUGUGGAUUCACGUUUUACAGAGUACAAGAGAAUUCCUCUUGAUUUUUCUGCUGAAGUUCGUUGGUCUCGAGUGGUGAUAUUAGUAAUACUUCUUUAUGUCUUGAUGUGGGCACCUCGAUGUAUUUAUCUCAUUGUAGAUGAUAACUCUAUGUCGUCCAGCAGUGCGAAAGCUUUUGAUGUACUGACUGAGGUAAUAACGUAUAGCUUCGCAGGACUAGCGCCGUUGGUCUUAGUUCAUUUUAACAGUGAUAUGAGAGAGGAGUUCUUCAGAAUUUUAAUGCCGUAUCAAUGGUUCAGAAAAUCACACGGAGUUGGUAAGAAAUACAAGAACACCAACACUGUGACACCGUUUGAGAUGAUGAUGUGAGAUUUCAUAGAAAGUGCACAUGAUUUAUAUACAAGUACAGAUAAUUAUUGCAACAGUGAGUGAAGCGUGAUUGAAUGUGAUCUAUAAUGCUUAUCGAUUAUACCGUACAGCCACAGAUUAUAAUACAUCAUAUAAUUACGCACAAUUUGGAGAACAGGAAAGUGGUCAAGUGUUCUUUGACAUUAGUAAGAAGUAGCCUCUUAUGCAGGCUGCGCGGGUGGUCUUCUGGGGGUCUACACGAGAAGUAAAAGUACUCUGUUGCCUGCAGUGUGUAGCCAGUAGUGACAAUUAGAAGAAAGUUGGGGAUUGAUAGGGAUAAAACUGCCUGAAAAAAAUACAAAAGCAGAAUUUGAAGUUCUAAGUUCUUGUAUUUUCAGGUACAUAGUUGUAUCCAUAUGAAGUUCUGCUUGUAUUUUCGGGUAGUUGUAUUUCUAUCAAUCCGAGGCUUUCUAAAAAGCACUGAGGCGUCUGAGCCAAAGCAUGCAAGUGUUUAGUAUUUUGAAAGGCACGGGGGUGGCUUCAAAAACGCCUGCUUUGCAGGCUAUAUAUAGUAUGUUGAGUAUAACAAGAUUUAAAUACUAGUUAGCUUUGCAUAAACCCUACUAUUUAAAUACUAGUUACCUUUGCACAAACCCGCGUUAUACAAACAAGCUGCCGAGGACACUAAAGGUGGAGUAAUACGAGCAAAAAAAUUGCUGCAACUUGCAACAAAAUCUGAUUUCAACGCAUGUUAAUUGAAAAUGUUUACACAUAAAUUACAAAUCACAAGGCAACAUGUGUCAACAUUUCUACUUAACAUGCGUUGAAAUCGGAUUUUUUGUUGCAAGUUGUGUAUUGAUAUCAAUAUAAUUGUUUCAAAAUAUCGUAUUUUGUUUGUAAUUUGCAUGCUGUGAUCCCUGUAAAGUUGUAAAUUUAAAAUGUAACAUUUAAUAAUUUGAAUUAUUAUAAAGAAUAAUAAAUUUUACUUCAUUAUAC